UCAAAGUUGUUUAGCUAGAUUCAUUUGAUAUAUAAUGUCAAGGAAAGGGAAAUGGAAAGGACCUGCGAUCGGAAUCGAUCUGGGUACGACAUACUCAUGUGUUGGAGUAUGGCAGCACGACCGUGUUGAAAUCAUUGUUAACGAUCAGGGCAACAGAACAACUCCAUCAUAUGUUGCGUUCACGAAGACAGAGAGAUUGGUCGGGGAUGGAGCUAAGAAUCAGAUUGCUACCAACUCCAUUAACACUGUUUUUGAUGCAAAGAGAUUGAUUGGUAGGAAGUUUACUGAUCCUUUGGUGCAAAGUGACACCAAGUACUGGCCAUUUAAGGUGAUUUCUGGGCCAGAAGACAAAGCAAUCAUCGUUGUCAACUACAAAGGCUUGAAAAAGCAGUUCUCUGCAGAGGAAAUAUCUUCCAUGGUUCUAAUCAAGAUGAAGGAGAUUGCCGAGUCCUAUUUAGGAACACCGGUGAAAAACGCUGUCAUUACAGUCCCAGCUUACUUCAACGAUUCCCAAAGGCAAGCCACAAAAAACGCAGGUGCAAUUUCAGGUCUGAACGUGAUGCGUAUCAUCAUUGAGCCUACAGCUGCUGCAAUUGCCUACGGUCUAGACAAGAAUAGAGCAAGCAACGUGGGGGAGAAGAAUGUCCUCAUUUUCGAUCUGGGUGGAGGAACAUUUGAUGUCUCUAUCUUAACAAUUACUGGGUCUGUCUUUAAAGUAAAGGCCACCGCUGGUGAUACCCAUUUGGGAGGAGAGGACUUUGACAACAGAAUGGUGGAUCAUUUUGUGGAGCAAUUCAAACGAAAGAAAAACAAGGACAUAAGUGGAAACACCCGUGCCCUAAGUAGACUCAGAAUUGCUUGCGAGAGGACGAAGAGGACUCUUUCGUAUACUGUCCAGACUACGAUAGAGAUUGAUUCUCUCUUGGAUGGUACUGACUUUAAUUUUAAUAUAACCCGAGCAAAAUUUGAGGAGAUGAAUAUGGAUCUAUUCAGGAAAUGUAUGAAAACCGUUGAGAAAUGUUUGAAUGAUGCGAAGAUGGACAAUAAUUGCAUUAAUGAUGUUGUCCUGGUUGGUGGGUCUACUAGAAUUCCUAAAGUGCAAAAGCUUCUUCAGAAUUUCUUCCAUGGAAAGGAACUUUGUAAGAAUAUCAACCCUGACGAAGCUGUCGCCUUCGGAGCUGCAGUUCAAGCUGCCAUUUUGUGUGAUGAGGGAAAUCACAAAAUUCAAGAUCUUGUACUUCUUGAUGUCACUCCUCUCUCUCUUGGAAUUAAUACAAUCGGAGACAUCAUGACAGUCUUGAUUCCUAGGAACACUACCAUUCCCCAAAAGGUGGCGAAAAUCUUUUUUACAAAUGCUGACAACCAAAUUGCUAUCCUUAUUAAAGUCUACGAGGGUGAGAGAUCGAUGACGAAAGACAAUAACUUUCUAGGACAAUUUACGUUGUCUGGAAUCCCCCCGGCACCGAGGGGUGUUGGUAAAAUCACUGUAUGUUUCAAUAUCGAUGCAAACGGAAUAUUAAAUGUUUCAGGAGAAGUAAAUACAACGGGUGAAAAAAACAAGAUGACAAUAAAAAAUGAGAAGUGGAGAUUAACAAAGGAAGAGAUAGAGAAGAUGGUGCAAGAGGCGGAGAAGUACAAAUUGGAAGAUAAAGAGCACAAGAAAGGAGCGGAGGCCAGAAAUGCGGUGGAGGAUUAUGCUUACAAAAUGAGGAACAAUGCCGAGAAGAUGAGAUUUAAGUUGGCAUAUCGUGACAAGUGGAAGAUAGAGAAGGCAAUAGAUGAGACAUUUAUUUGGCUCGACAAUAAUAAGCUUACUAACAAAGCGAAUUUGUUUCAAGUCAAGCUUAUGGAGUUGAAAAGUGUCUACAAUCCCAUCAUGUCCAAUGCUCAUGCUGCUGGUUUUGAGGAACCCACAUUCAAGAAAAGGUCGCGUGUUUGA